UCGGGCCGUCGGGCUACCGGUAGACCCAUAAACGGCUCUGGUGCGAUAGGCAGCCAAGCCAAGCCGAGGCCAAGGUUGUUUGUGCAGUGUCCGAGUUCGACUUCUGGCGUGUUGACCUCAAAAUGAGUCUUGGAACUGUCGUUAUCGGUGGCGGGACGGGGUUUGUUGGAACAGCACUUACAAACACAUUGAAAAAACUUGGCUGUGACACUCUUCUCGUCUCUAGAAAGCCAGGAGCAAACGUGUUAACAUGGACCCAUGUUGCAGACCAUGGACUGCCACCAAAUUGCUCAGCUGUCUUCAGCUUGGCAGGACAAAAUGUCUUAGACCCCUUCAGGAGGUGGACGCCAGGUUUCAAACAAAAUGUAUAUGCCAGUCGUGUACACACUACACAAGCAUUAGCUGAUGCUGUGAAAAAAAUGGAGGUGCCACCUAAAGUAUUUAUUUCUAUAUCUGGUGUGGGAUACUACAAGCCUGAUGCUGUGACAGAAUACACAGAGGACAGUCCCGGUGGAGAUCACGAUUUUCUUGCAGACUUAUGCGUUAAAUGGGAAAAUGCAUCUGUGCUUCCACCUGAACACAAUGUCAGGAGGGUAGUAGUGCGAUCAGGGGUUGUCCUCGGUCACAACGGUGGAAUGAUCAAGCAACUCUACUGGCCAUUCUACUUUGGUGUUGGAGGACCCAUUGGUGAUGGAAAACAAUUCAUGCCUUGGAUUCAUGUCGAAGAUCUUGUAGGCAUCUUCAUACAUGCAAUGACCCAUAACAGUGUUAGUGGAAUACUCAAUGGUGUCAGUCCCGAAGUGAUAACCAAUGGAGAGUUUACCAAGGAAUUUGCUCACGCCAUGUGGCGGCCUGCAUUUAUACCGUUGCCAAAGUUCGCCCUGGAACUGGCAUUUAGCCAUGAAAGAGCAGUGAUGAUGACAGAAGGACAGAAGGUGAUUCCAAAACGCACACUGGAAUCUGGUUACCAGUUUAAAUAUCCAGACAUUAAAUCUGCUGUAAGGGAGAUAGUACAACACUGAUGUGUGGUGUAGUGUACAUAGCUAGCGCAGAGUCUCUGAAUAAACAACUAGUCAAAGGUG